UGCUCCCAAUUCCAACAACCAUCCGGCCAGCCAUCGAGCGACGGCUUCAGACGCAAAUUGGAGUCUGAAUAACUAGCGCAUGUUUUCAUCUCGAGUCCACUCGGGCGCGAAAUGGCAGAGACAGAAGACUACAGCAACAAACGCAAAGCCUCACCCGAGAGCACGGCGGAGGAUGGUGUUGGCAAACGUGCGCGGCUCGAAGAUGGGGGCGCGAUGGUGUCCCGAAGCGACGAGGUCGACAACGAGGUGAAGGAGGUCUCGAACAAGCCUGCUUCGAGCAGGGGAGCGCAAGAUGAUGCACGCGCUCGAGAGUCACCGAGGGAAACACCCCGCACGAAUCCUGACGCCGAACCCCGGCGCUCGCCAGAGGCGCAGAGACCCUCGGCAGCGAGCGGCCCUCCUACACGGAGGAAUAUCAGUUUAGAGGAGAAGAAGCGAGGACAGCGGCUGUUUGGCGGACUAGUCAAUACGCUUAGCCGGACCACGUCGGCAACGCAGCAGCAGAGAAGGCUUGAGAUUGAGCGGCGACAACACGAGAAAGCACAGCAGCGGCGGGCGGAGGAUGAGAAACGCAGGAUUGAGAAGCUAGAGCGCUUGAAGAAGACACGCGAGAUCGAGCAGGUCAAGCUAGACGAGCGAGCGAUGAAAACCCGGCACGAGACCAUGCUGGCCAAAGCACGCAGCUUGCAUACGAGAAGCGAGCCAAGACUUUACUACUUGCCGUGGGAGCUCACCAGAGAGCAAGAGGACAUCAUCAACGACCAGGUCCGUGCUGCUGAGGAGACCGUCGAAAGAGAGAGGCGAGAAUUCAGGAUACGCAAGGAGCAGCGGCUGAGGGCGCUGGGAGUCACGCCUCCGCCGCGAUCACCGUCCCCUGCUCCCCAGCAGCCGAAGCACCCGCACGAGUCCGAGCCAAGCUCGGAGCCAAAGUCGGGGUCUCGGUCAGAAGAAGCCACGGUUGGUGAGCCCAAACUUCCGCCGCAAGAUACUAACCCCGAUGCUGCGGCACCACCCGAGUCGGCCAAGGCGCGCGACUCUCACAAUCACAAGGACCACGACGAACACGGGGACGAGAUUAUGCAGGACGAGGAGGACGUUGUGAUUUACUAACGUGUCCCAUGUCACGCCGCCUGCCUCGUUGCUUGAGCGGUACUUUGUUUCUGUUGUAAGUGUAGUAGCGUUCUGCAUCGAGCCGGCAUAUAUAUAUAUAGGC